UUCUUCUUCCUCCUCACAAAUCCCACUCACUGACUAAUUCCCUCUCUCUCUCUCUAAAAAUUACUAACAACCUUCCAAUCUCCAUUCAUCUUCUCUCUCUCUUAUAACCUCACGUUUCCCUGCGCCGCCGCCGCCAAAUUCUAUGCCCCCAAAUUCGCUAAGGUCGCCAUUUGUUCAUAUAAGCCAUUCCUAUUUCAUGCCAUUCAAGAACCCUAAUUUAACCAUGGCUACCUGCGUCCACCCUUCCCGAGCAGACCCUUCCCCAAACAUCGACGACAACAAUCAUGUCGUCUUCACCAACUAUGUCAAAUUCUGCAGACCCGAUUUACCCGAACAGGUCACCUGCCUCCCAAUCCCAAUCCCAAUCCCCAUCGCCGACGAGCAGCAGCAGCCACUGCUCAGAUUCGUCGACGAUGACAUAUGGGCCCAAAUGAAGGAAGAAGCAAGGGCAGAUGUGGAGCAAGAACCCAUAUUAUCAAACUACUAUUUCAGUUCAAUUCUGUCCCACAAUUCUCUACAAAGUGCCCUAGCCAAUUACCUCUCUGUCAAGCUGAGUGAUUCGAGCCUGACUAGCACGACCCUCUACGAUCUUUUCUUGGGUGUUCUCCUUGGAGGAGAUGGGGAAGAGAUUAUCAGAGCUGUGGGGGAUGAUCUGAGGGCAGUCAGGGAAAGGGACCCUGCCUGCAUCAGCUAUGUCCACUGUUUCUUGAAUUUCAAGGGGUUCUUGGCCUGCCAGGCUCAUAGAAUAGCCCACAAUUUGUGGACAAACGGCAGGAAAAUCUUGGCCCUGAUGAUACAAAACAGGGUUUCAGAGGUAUUUGCAGUGGACAUUCAUCCAGGGGCCAAGAUUGGGAGGGGAAUCUUGCUGGAUCAUGCCACUGGGGUUGUGGUUGGGGAGACAGCAGUGAUUGGUGACAAUGUCUCAAUCCUGCAUAAUGUGACAUUAGGCGGGACCGGGAAGGUGUCCGGCGACCGGCACCCGAAGAUUGGGGAUGGGGUGUUGAUUGGGGCAGGGACUUGUGUUCUUGGCAAUGUGAGGAUUGAGGAUGGGGCCAAGAUUGGGGCAGGGUCUGUUGUGCUUAAACAGGUCCCGGCAAGAACGACGGCUGUGGGGAAUCCGGCGAGGCUGAUGGGAGGGAAGGAGAAUCCAGUUAAGUUGGAUGAGAUGCCUAGCUUGACUAUGGACCAUACAUCACACAUUUCUGAGUGGUCUGAUUAUGUUAUCUAAAGAUUUUUGUGUGUUUGUAUGGUUCUUCCUAUGUAUGAUUGUUCUAGUUUUACAUGUACUAGUGAUUAAGCAAGGUUACUUGCUGCUUUAGAUGUCGACCACGACGCCGACCGGACCGGACUAGAUUGGCUAAUAGGAUCGAUGGAUCAUAUACUACUAAUGUCUGGAUUGGAUUUGGUUGCAUAUCCAAUCCAAUUCAAUCCCUCUAUGUGAUCGUUAAUGUUAUUGGAGAUUAUUGGUAUUU